AGAAGAAGUGUUAUGGUCGGUGUUAACUUCAGGGACAUCCGGUACAUCACAGUGUUUAGGUACAUUAUAACAGGCAUUAUAACAGGCAGAGUCAAAUAGAGAGAAAAAGAGACAGAUAAACAGAAGAAAAUAAAUACCAUGACUAUUUGUUUAUUUGCCAAUGCUAAUGUGGAUUAACCUGCAAUACAGAAAGCUGCCAUGGACGACUCGUACAACGAUGAGGACGAGGUGUCACCUGAACUUCCAAUUGAGAUUAUAGUUUAUAUCCUGAGCCUUGUCAGUGCUUCAGACAGAAAAGAAGCUUCACUUGUGUGUCGCAGUUGGUACUAUGCCAGCCAGGAUAUGCACUUUCAGAAGAACCAGACUUACUCCUUUCCAGCUUCUGCUUCCUCCUUGGAGCUGAUAAGGGGUCUUAGCAGAAAGCCACGCUGCAGUCUGGUCAUCAGUCAGCUGGAUGGAUUUGGCAUGUGCCGGUCUCUACUUUUGGAGGUGGGACUGUCUCUAGGCCCUAAGGUUGAGAGCUUGGCCCUUCCUGGCAGCAGUAUCACAGAGGCCUCCCUGUUGGCUCUCCUGCCCCACCUCACAUCCCUGCGCAGACUGGACCUCAGGGGCCUCGACAGCCUCUUCAUGUCUGGAGCAUUUCUGUCUCGAGAGGAGCACAGGCAGCAGGUGCGGACAGCUCUGUCUGGACUCCAGGAGCUGGACCUUUCUGACCUCCGAUACCUCUCUGACCUGACAUUUAACCGCCUGACUAGCUGCACCACUCGCCUCCGGCGCCUCUCUCUGGCUGGUUGCCACAUUGCAUUUGAGUUUGAUCCAUACAGAGGCUGCCCUGUGGGAGUUGUAACAGAUUCCUCUGCUUUGUUGUCCUUGAGAAACUUGAGAAAGCUGCUGACAGAGCAGAAGUCCACCCUAGUGGCUCUGGACUUAAGCCGAACCGCCAUCACACCAGAGUCACUGCGGACCAUUGCACAGGUCCCAGGUCUGGUUUUAGAGGAACUGUAUCUUCAAGGCUGCAAAGAGUUGACAGACUACUCAGUGGAGGUCCUGGUCAAACAUCAGCCAGACCUGCAGACUCUGGACAUCAGCGGCUGCACUGAGCUCACCAGCAGAUCAGUGACGGCCAUUGUACAUGGUCUCAAGUCAUUGACGCACCUGUCUUUGUCACGAGACUGGAAGGUCACAGAAAAGGGAGUUGCUGAUCUGCUCUCUGUGCCCUCUCUGAGAAGUUUGGACCUCUCGGAGUGUCUAAACAUUAGCGGAGUAGAGACAGUGAAUGGUCUAACAAGUUCCAACACAGCCAGAGCACAGCUGCAGACACUCCGUCUCAAGAGCUGCACCUACAUGAGUGAUCUGGCAGUUUUCUCCCUUGUGCAGCUCUUUGGGGAGACUCUCCGUGAGCUCGAUCUGACUUCAUGCACCAAUGUUACAGACCUGUCAGUGCGUGCCCUCUCCACAUUCUCACCAGGGCUCAAGGUGCUGAGGCUUGGCUGGUGCAAAGAAGUGACCGACUUUGGCCUACUGGGUAUGAUGAAAGUUAUCAAAAGUGAUCCUGACAAUGAAAUGGGUGACAAUGGUCCAAAGUUUACAAGAACUUUUGGGAACAUGGGCUUCUUCAAACCUCCUCAGUUGCCUUUUGAGGAGAGGCCCAAGCAGGUGACGCAGACUACCUUAAAGCAUCAGCCUGGUUCUUCACUCAUAACUCUGACUCGACUGGAGGAGUUGGAUCUGUCGGCAUGCCCCAAACUCACAGACAGCAGCAUCACACAGGUGUUGCAGUUCCCAGAUCUCCAGCGCUUGUCCCUCUCUAUGCUCCCUGAAAUUAGUGAUGCCAGUCUAGUGUCUGUAGCCCAUCACUGCCGCAGCCUCACCCACCUGGAUCUCAGCGGGUGCCCACAGAUCAGUGACAGAGGAGUGGCUAUAGCUGCUCCACACCUACACAGACUACAGCACCUCGCUCUCUCCUGUUGUAACAAUAUAACUGACAGGUCCCUGUCCAUUUUGGCACAACACUGCAAACGACUCAAAACACUGGACAUCUCAAGGUGCAAAAACAUUUCUGUCACAACUGUGGAAAGACUUCAAACACAGCUGCCCUUUAUAGAGAACAUUCACUGUAAGUUUAUAGGUGGGACUGAGUUCACACUUUCCCUUUGACAGUGUGAUAAAUGUAUUUUACUGACCAAAGCCUACUCCAUCAGCCUUUCCUUUUGCUAACAGUACAAAUGAAAGGUUUACUAUUGCACUGAAACUAUAAAAUACAGAAUACUAUCUGUACAUUGUACAGUGGUUAAUACAACACACAAAAGUACCUUUUGUUGAAAUGUUGACCAUUAUAUAAAUAUAUGCUGAAAUAUGCUGCUUUUGCUCGCUGUACCCUCAGGGCUAAUUUAUUUUAUUGUGGUAAAUCACCACAACGCAUGAAGGUAUUCCUUUUCUCUUGACCAAGAUAUAUUGCUUUCUUAAUGGUUAAUCAUGAAAGAACAGGUUUUAAUACAUUUUAAAGUAUCCACUGGAAGUGUUAUAUGCACUAUAUAAAAUAAGAUAAAAUAAAUAUUGACAUUUUGACACUUUAUUUCAAGGCACUUUUCGUUCUGUCAGAAUAAUGUAUUUUUAUUGUAACUGUUUGCUGCAAGUGAAUACAUGUAUAUCAUGUACU